AUGGCUUCUGCGAAUGUGGAGACUAGCUUGGAAGCUAAAAUGCGGUUGGCCUUUCAGUCGGCUCAAGUCAAGCAUACGCAGAGAAAUGACGAGCAGCUUGAGUCAGCGCACCAGCGUAUCCGCCACGAAAUUUACAGAGAAAUGGCAGAGUCAGAGCUCCGACUGGAGAAUAAAUUGCAGGGUGUGAUGCGCACUAAUGCAGUAGAAACCACUAAGCGGCUAGACACAGCAUUACAUCGUCAGGAUGAAGCCAUUGAAGCCUUUGGGCGUAAAUGCGAGCUCCUGGGCGUUAAUGUGAAGGAAAUGGAAGCUCGUUUGACAGUACUAGAGGGCAAAUUAAGCACAGAUGGUGAUAACGAGCGCGAUGGUUCCAAGCAGAACGGCGUUGAAUCUCUGAAGAAUCGACAAGUGGCGGAGGGGCGUUUGUCAAUACCGCAGUAUGGUAGCCGAGAUGAGCUGAAGAGGCUGCUCGUGCUCACAGCGCUCGAGCUCAUCAACUACGUGCGCGGCGAUGAAUGCGAGUCGCACGCCGAGUUCGCAAGGCUAGGAACUGCUGAGGAUACAAUCGUCACAGCCCAUCUAGGCUAG